AUGGCGUUUUCUUCCGUAGAACCGGGUUGCGUAACGCAGUUUUCGCCGCAACGCAACCCGGAUGAUAGUGUUGUUGUCCAUCGUAAGGUAUUUGUAAUGGAUCACUUUCUAAGCGGCCUGGACGCUGGACCGAGCCCAUGGUAUGCAUCCCGUCCCCCUGUGUCUAGCCAUGCCCAUGAGUUUGCGAUUGGCACGAGUUCUUUCCAGUUGAUACCGAUCACUGGGAGUAACAGCCACACUCCGAGUAGCCAUACUUCAUAUAGUACAAGCAACACACUGAAUUCUCACUCAGCCUUCAGAUCUCCUGCAGACCCCAAGGUUAAGUCGGAGGUCAAAGAUGAUGAUGAUAGUCGGGAAAGUAAAUCGCCAACGCCUUCAGUAGCCCUCACCCCUUUAUCAACCAAUAUGGCUCACCAUAGCCACAAGGCAAAAAACAGUGAGCGUUGGGACACCAAAAAGGUCUGUAAUAUCUGUGGGAAAGUUCUCUCACGUGGUGAUAAACUGAAGAAUCACAUUCGGACACAUACAAAUAAUUUUCCAUUCCAUUGUGAUACUUGUGGCCAAGGAUUUCUCCGUUCAGAAGGACUUCGGGUACACACGAGAAUUCACACUGGAGAACGUCCAUAUAUAUGCAUUGUUUGUGGUAAGGCAUACACAAGGAAAGAUAAGUUGACAAGACAUGCUAUAGUACACACAGGAGAAAGGCCUUUUGUCUGUCAACACUGUGGGAAGUCUUUUACUCGCAAGGAUAAAAUGCAGCGACAUGAAAUGAUUCAUAAAGUCGAUAAGCCUUUCACAUGUGUCCCUUGUAAUGUAGAGUUUGUGAGACAAGAAACUUACAAUGCCCAUAUGGAGAGGAAGCAUCCUGAACGCCUCCCUUACACUGUAGUGCAACAGCCACGCGAAGGCAGCCCAUCAUAUCAUCCUCAAGGACUAAAUCUUUCAAGCAAUACUCUGCUGGUGUUUCAAACCAUAGUAGCUCUAACAUUGGACAUCACAGCACCGUCACUAAUCUUCCAGGUGGUAUUACACUCCCAGGGGGCUUAACCCUUCCAUCCGGCAUUACUCUCCCUGGAGGGUCCUCUAUCCCUGGGAACCAUGACAUCCCAGGGGGCCUCACCAUCCCCAGUAGUUCCUCAAUCCCAGGUCUCGCAUCGCACCCAAGUAGCCUUCUAAGUGGAAGUUCCCUGUUAGGUGGUCUGCAUGGUAUUAGUGGAUCCAAUGCUUCCUAAAGAUGCCAGAAUGCAGAUAUGUUAAUUUGAGAAAUGUUUGUAUCAGUGUAUAUAACUUGAGUGUGCGUGGUUGUAUGUUAAGGAUUGAAUUUUUUAAAUAUAAGGCCAUAUUCACUCCAGUUUUAAUAUGAACAUUUAAACUAUUAUUCAUACCAAAUUACAGUGGUUGGAAUAUUUUAAUAAUUCAGGUUUCUUGUAUAUCAAAAGAUACAAUAGUGAGUAGUAGAAGAAAGACUGAUGAAAGUUAACAACUUAACUGUGGCAUUUAUUAAUUACAAGGUGGUCUAGAUAGCUGUAUAAAGGUGUAAGAUAUGUAGUAUGUAUUAUUUUUAUCAUUUGGACUUCAGAGAACUCUCAUGCCAUGUAAGAGGCAUGCCGAAGGUUGAACACAGUUUUGGAGAAUAGAACAAGAAGGAAUAAGAAAUUCAAAGAUUUGGAAUAGAAUUGAUGGAGAGGUCUCAGAUAGGUUUGUGGGAAUAGUGAAGAGGAAGGUGGAUCAGAAAGCUCAGAGAAAUUAUGGGAAGGAUGCAUGGUUCCUGGGAAUCUUAAGACAAGUCACUUUGGAGAAGGUGAUAAAAGAAUAUUUCUAUGUAAAAGGUAUGCAAAAAUAUUACAGUAAGGAUGGGAAGUGUUACUGAAUGUAAAACCAAAAAUAAUGUUAAGUAAUGUGACAUCUAAAGUAUUUUAUCAUCAGUGAAAAAAAAAGGUAAAUUAGAAUAUUUUAAGAGUCAAAGAAGAGUAAAUGAAAAUUUU